GCAACUAGUACAUGUAUGAUUGAUAAUACACAAUGCACAGAUUUGGGAAACGGACCAGUCUGUAAUUGUGUAGAUUCUCAUUAUAAUAAUGGAAGUGUCUGCGUAUCAAAACGUGGCCUUAACGAGUCCUGCACUGCAAAUGGACAGUGUGCCGACGCGAAUGCUGAAUGUAAGGGCAUUGGAAGUGAACUCAUAUGCUCAUGUAGUGAUGACUAUUUUGAGUCUGAAGGAGUAUGUACGUUGAAACGUGGUCUUAACGAUGCAUGUCUAGCAAACGACCAGUGUGCUGACGCAAAUGCUGAAUGUAAAGGCACUGGGCGUGAACGCAUAUGUGCAUGUAGUGAUGACUAUUUUGAGUCUGAAGGAGUGUGCACGAUUGAAACGCGGUCUUAACGAUGCAUGUUUAGCAAACGAACAGUGUGCUGAUGAGAAUGCUGAAUGUAAAGGCACUGGCAGUGAACGCAUAUGUUCAUGUAGUGAUGACUAUUUUGAGUCUGAAGGAGUGUG